AUGGACCCCUUCCAAGUACGCUUACGUUUCGUCUCUUCCCUCCACCGCGUCAACGCCUCUCUUCCGACCAUCCAAAAAGCCCUCUCCUUCAUCGUCGACUAUGCACCUCAGAUGCACGCCGAGCUGUGGGACUGCAUCAUCGACGAAUGCAAGAAAGGCUCGAUCAACCGACGUAUCAACCUACUGUUCCUCAUUGAUGCCAUCUUCACCGACGAGACGCUCUCCUCUGCCAUCCGCACCCUCUUUCGGCAGUAUCUCGAACGCGAUCUGUACGCGCUAUUCGACCUAGCCGUACCGGAAGGAAGGUGGGAUGCGCUACUCAACGUACCUGCCGUCAGCAAGAUCAUCGCAGCUUGGAAGGCGAGGUUUAUUCUCGACCGAAGCACGCUCGAAGAUUUAGAGGUCAUGUUGCAAGUGAGGAAGGACGGGUUGUACGCCCUGUCCCCCGAUCGUAGGAACUUGACGCUGCUCCCUCCCAACGACAUGCAGAGACGCAUCGAGGAGGAUCGCGAACGUCACAAACGGCUGAGAGAGCGUUCCUGGAUCUUGCCCCCGACUGCAUUCUCACACCAGUCUCUAUUCGGGACACGCCCAGAACAACUGGACCCGACCUACUUGACACGCGCUCAACCAGCAUCGUCAUCGGAACAGAAAGAAGACAUAGAUGGGGAUCGCAUUUGGACCACGCAGGAUCUGGAUUUCAGCCAAAUGUGGGACGAGACGAGCGACUUCAACGACGAUGACAUUGACGAGAUUGUGGAAGAUGAAAAGCUGAGUUGGGUUCAUCAACUGCCGCCACCAGCAGCAGCGGCAGCAGCGAUACCAACACAACCAACAGCGGACCCUUCAGCCACCACAGCGCAGCUACCACCUGCGCAACGACAACCGCCACGCGCUCCAGCUUCCAUGCGCUUCGCUCAGCAACAGUCUUCUUGA